ACCUGGGAAUGAAGUAAAUCUUAGAAACCAAUAUGGCGACCUUUAUACAGAAGAGAGUGAUGUCUUUCUUCGUUCGCUCUAGCGGCCUGUCUAUUCGACAAACCUUACCAGCCAGACAUAAUCCAAGUCUGAAGCGAAAAAAUAAACCUUUGGUUCGGAGAAAGAAGAGACCAACGCUCUCCAGCCUCCGAAAAACUGCCGAGGUCGUACCUCCAAUCGACCCCGAGUCCUUGUUGAAUACAACUCUGUUAGAGGCAUCGAGGCAGCGAAGGCCGGUGGAAUUAUCACCUGAAGAGAAAGAAAGAAGGACGUUACUCCUAAAAGAGUGGUCGAGACACAAGAUGCAGGAGCACAAGGAAGAUUUACAGCGCUUCCAGGAACUGGAAAGAUGCCGCGAAGAGGCCUUAAAAGAAUUGAAGAAAAGCUCUCCGCUUCUUUACGAAGCCGCCAUUAAAGUUGACGCCAAUUUUUUCCCAAUUGAGUUUAAGGGGCCAACUGAGACACCACCGAUACCUGACUACUUGGCGCCUGACAUGGAGGAUGUUAAAGCAAAGAACAAAGGAAGACGUUAACUCCUUCACUUCCGAGAUCUUAUUUAGUAAUUCUCCCUACUGAAUAUUAUACAAUUCUUAGUACUAUACAGUUCUUAGUUUAGAGAGUUUGGUAUCGGAUCAACUAUUCGGAUCCCCUAAUUCGUCUGGUCACUUUUCUGCUUGUUAGUAUUGUUAUUGUAAGGAGAAAUUCUGUUUUAAUUACUCACAGGAGUUAAAGGGUUAAUUGACACAGAUCAACAGUGGUUGAUCAAUCACUUGAUCUUGAUGCAGACUUAAUCUUAAAUUAGGCAUCAAGCUUGUAAAUAACUUUUGUCUUUAACCAGGUCAUCUGUCUAGCUAGCUGUAAUUUUUUUAGUGGAUCAAAAAGUAUAGUUUUCCAUGUUUUGGCUUCAUACUCCAAAUUAAAUCUUUUAGGCUUGGUGUCUGAUAUCCAUGGUCAGUAUUGGACCAUACCAACAAACUUGGCAAUCAUAGCAGGGAAUUUUCCACACAUUUGUCAGGUGUAGGCAUGUAGGCUAAGUACCAGUAGUAAGCUUGCUCUAUCAGUCUUUCAAGGAAGCUUACAUGAGGUGUUGGUUUACUUGAGAAGAAUUGAGUGUCAAAGUAAUUCCUGAUUGCCUUGGUUAUGCUUUACUCUGCAAUGGCUAUAAAUUAAUGAAAACUUACACCACUUUCUCAACUGAUCAGAUUUAAAAAGCCAAAGCCACUUGUGACUUUUUUACUUGCCCUUUCCAUACUUCAACCAUGUAGAACAAAAUUAUUUUUACAAUAAUUUUUUUUGGCUCCAAGUGAUAUUUUCUUUUCAUCUGAUUGGCUGUUGUGAUUCCUUUGGAUUUGGUUUAUAACAUUUAGUUGAAAGGUACCCUAGUAAAUGAUGUAAUACAUUCAUGUUAAUAUAUGAUGUGUGGAGUUGCUGGGUAUCAGAUCAAAACCAAAGAUGGCUGAAGAUUUCUUAAGAUUUCCUUUCCUUGAAUAGUCCUUACUCAAUGCAGUCUUAAGGGGUUGGUUGUUUGAAACAUGAUUAGUGUUCAUCUAGGAUUGAAAGGGGACCAUGAAUUUCUUUUGCUUGGAAGCACUGAUCAGAGCAAAAAUAUUUUGAGGUGUAAGCUAGACUGA